AUGGCCGACUUCACUGAAGACCAGAUCCAGGAUUUCCGUGAAGCCUUCCAGCUCUUCGACCGCUCUGGGGACGAGCGAAUCAAGCUCAGCCAGGCAGGAGAUGUCUUCAGAGCUCUCGGACAGAAUCCCACUAAUGCCGAAGUGAUGAAAGUGCUCAACAACCCAAAAGCCGAAGACAUGAAUGUAAAAACGCUAACCUUUGACGAGUUCCUACCAAUGCUCGCCACUAUCACGAGAAAUCAGGACCCCGGCAGCUACGAAGAUUUUGUCGAGGGCUUGCGCGUUUUCGACAAGGAGGGCAACGGAACUGUGAACGCUGCCGAGCUCCGCCACGUGUUGACGACCUUGGGCGAAAAGCUUUCCGAAGACGAAGUUGAGCAGCUCCUGACUGGCCACGAAGACAACAACGGACAGAUCAACUAUGAAGAUUUUAUCAAAAUCAUCCUCCAAGUCUAA